GUUGUGACGCCUGAAUUGUCUGAAGCUGCACAAGUGAACACAUUCUUUCGCAGUGCCACAUACUGCUCUAUAGACUCUAUUAUCAUGUCCAUUCGAGACGUCCUCACGAAGCACUGUCUAUUCAUCCUCGUCGUUCUCAACGUUCUCUUCACCUCCUGGCGCGUAGGCACGCAUCUCUCACCGUUGCAUUCUCGAGGCAACUCUAAGGGUACGUGCCCACUUCAGCUUGAGCCCCUACGACAUAGCUGAUGAGGCAAAACUCGUUGUCCAGGACCUGGCUCACGACCCUUCUCGUACCUCAAUGACGACUAUCCACUGGAUUAUGCAUUCGGGGACCUCGACACCGUCGCCAUGACCCUUCAUGAAUCGGUCCAUUUCACACUGAACGGCACAGACCCCGUCAUAACCGCCGAAUGGGAGAGCCUCGCCACUCAUCCAGACGGCUUCGGUCGCACACGGUUGGGUCCCGACCACCGCCUCUUCGUCAUGACGUUCUACCACCAGCUGCACUGCAUCUGGAAGUUCCAGCAAGCUCUCGUGGAGCGGAACGACCCCACUGCGUCCAAGCACCAUGUGCAGCACUGCUUGAACUAUCUGCGGCAGACGUUCCUGUGCGAAGCGGCUGACAGCGUAGAAGAGGGAGACUUCAUGGAUAGGAACUUCGAGCAGGAUCGAAUUGGCGAUACGUUGGUCUGCAGAGAUUGGGAAAAGGUAUAUAACGUACUAGACGGUGCUUAUGCGGAAUGGGAACAGUGGAGCCAGAAAUGGAAUUGAUACUUCAUGGUCGUCACACACGCUGAUUGCCUGUUUAUACUACGAGUGUCCAUCUCAUGAACAGGGCAAGUGAUGAGUUUUCGAGUAGUAAAGUAGGCUGCUAUUCAGGUUACAAUAGCGUUUCUGAACGAAUUUGAGACGUCUUAGACACCUGAGCGAAAGGGUUCGUGUU